CCUAAAGGGGUCUCCCUUUUUCGGGAUAUAAAAAAACCAAUACGUUUACAGAGUUUUGAGAACAACUCUCAAUUCCUCAUUUUGGUAUCAGUAGCAUCUUCUUCUUCUAUUCUCGCUGCUUCAGUGCUUCUUCUCCUGUUAUUCUCCGCACAUGGGAACUCAAUCUCCAACUGAUCAGGACUAUGCCUUCAAAACAGAGGAAAUGGCCUUCAAGAGAUCGUACGUAGUCGGUACACCCGAUGAUACACCGCAGGUUGACACACGGACUGAAAAGGAGAAGGCGAUUGACGAAUGGCUUCCGGUCACCUCUUCUAGAAAUGCAAAAUGGUGGUACGCAGCUUUCCACAAUGUCACUGCCAUGGUUGGAGCUGGAGUCCUCAGUCUCCCUUCUGCAAUGGCAAAUCUAGGAUGGGGACCUGGUGUGACCAUACUAAUACUAUCAUGGGUUAUUACUUUGUACACACUGUGGCAAAUGGUUGAGAUGCAUGAGAUGGUACCUGGAAAACGUUUCGACAGAUACCAUGAGCUGGGGCAGCACGCGUUUGGUGAGAAGCUCGGUCUCUAUGUUGUGGUGCCCCAACAGCUCAUUUGCGAGGUGGGAGUGGACAUCGUCUAUAUGGUCACCGGAGGGAAGUCGUUAAAGAAAUUCCACGAUUUGGUGUGCACUGAUUGCAAAGAUAUCAAGCUUACCUUCUUCAUCAUGAUAUUUGCCUCAGCCCAUUUCGUGCUCUCCCAUCUUCCCAACUUCAACUCCAUCUCUGGUUUGUCUUUGGCCGCUGCAGUUAUGUCCUUGAGUUACUCUACAAUUGCUUGGACUGCUUCUGUUCACAAGGGGGUGCAGAAGGAUGUGAAAUAUGGCAACCCUAAUACGACCACGCCGGGAAAGGUGUUCGGUUUCUUUAACGCCUUGGGCGAUGUUGCUUUUGCCUAUGCUGGGCACAAUGUGGUCUUAGAGAUUCAAGCCACAAUCCCUUCUACCCCUGAGAGGCCAUCCAAGGUCCCUAUGUGGAGGGGAGUCCUCGUUGCCUACAUAGUUGUGGCCUUGUGCUACUUCCCUGUCGCUAUAAUCGGGUUCUGGAUGUUUGGGAACCAAGUCCAAGACAAUAUCCUCAUCUCAUUGGAGAAACCCACUUGGCUCAUUGCAAUGGCUAACUUGUUUGUCGUUGUUCACGUUAUCGGAAGCUAUCAGAUCUACGCAAUGCCAGUGUUUGACAUGAUAGAAACUCUUCUGGUAAAGAAAUUGCGCUUCAAGCCCAGUUGGAUGCUUCGCUUUGCUUCACGAAAUAUAUACGUGGCUUUCACAAUGUUUAUUGCGAUAACCUUCCCUUUCUUUGGUGCUCUUCUUGGUUUCUUCGGAGGUUUUGCAUUUGCACCAACAACAUUCUUCUUGCCUUGCAUCAUGUGGCUUGCCAUCUAUAAACCGAGGAGGUUUGGUUUGUCUUGGUUUGCUAACUGGAUCUGCAUUAUCCUGGGUCUUCUUUUGAUGAUUUUCUCGUCCAUUGGAGGGCUGAGGGAAAUUAUAAAAGAUGCAUCGACGUAUACAUUCUACUCUUGAGCAACUCUUGUCUCUCCAAAUUGGAAGCAGUGGCUGUUGAAUUAUACCCAGAAGGAGAGGCCAAGAUUAUGAUGGCGCAGAAACGAUCACGGAAAAAUGGCUAAGUCGGAUACAUGGACUGACAAACAAAUGCGAAGACCUCAGAUGAAAGCUUCUGGAGGACUUUUUUCAAAUACUACUAAAAACUACAGCUUGUUUUUCAUUUUCAUUGAUUGGUGUGCAUAAAUGUCAUCACUCUUUGUGUUUGUUCUUGCUGUUAUUUUCUCAAAGUCUACUUUUUUCAAUUGUUAAUGGGAUUGGAUUCUAAUUCUUGAUGAAUUUUUUAUUAUGAAAGGUUGGUUUGAGCUUUA